AAGUCUAUGACGAAUCGUAAAUCGGAACGUGUGUGCAGUCACUUUCAAUCUUUGCUCCUGUGAACUAGAUUUUUUACGAAAAAUAUAUUCGGAAUUCGAAUGUAUCGAUAAGGUGGCCGCCCGUUGGACACGGUCAGUUAUACGCAGUAAUCCAGUAAGGUCGCCGGGUUAUACAAUACCACUAGAACUAAACCGUGAUACUUGAUUGGACACUAAAACCUUUUUUAUUAAAACCUUCGUGUGUGAAAUUGAUUUUAAAAAUCAAUUUGAAUUUAGAAUUAACAGUGACAUAUUCAAUUUGAAUUAAGAAUUUGCAGUAACAAAGUCAUAGACAAAAAUGCAGUUACUAAAAGUGUGUUAUAUCUGGACUGUUUUGCUAUUGUUAUUAUUCGAUUGCUUAAUGGAAGGAUCGACUCAAGAAUCUACAUUUGAAUUACCAGUGCAGUUAGUCGGAUUCCCAUUUAUUAUAGUAGCAGUCCGACUAACUAAUUUCGUGAAGAAACUGUCUUACGCCUUGAGUCCAGCGACAUACCGCUCCCGCAACCGUCGUCAGCUGACAUUUGCAGACCCCGAGCUAUUCGAUGCGACUGAGGUUGAGAAAUACAUCGUUGGCGAGUUCGGCGCGCGCGCAUGCAUCUUCGAACGCGUUUGCGCACACUACGCGAUGAGGGCCCAAGCACAGCCCCGCCCACAGUUCGAUUGGCCUGAUGUUUUCAGCCAAUACAAACGCUCACCAGACCAGGCCAAAGAGUUUUACCUACUCAGCGUGUUCCUAGGAGACAUCGUUGGUUCCCCUCAACUCUGUCACCAGCUUGGCAAGAGACGGAACUGUGACAGUGGCCAGUAUGGCAUAGCGUAGGUUUACUUAGUCCAUGACUAAGUAAACCUACGGCUCUGAAGAUUAAGGAAUAUGAGGUAAGGUUGUAAGGAUGGGUUUAGACCAAAUAAAUAAAGAACUAGCGUUAGAAUAGUUUUCUUUGGUAGCAUUUUGGCAUCUUUUCACGAUCAAAUUCUUCUUGAUCUAACCAGAUGUUAAUAUAGAUAACAUGGCAUUAUUUCGUUGUUCUAUCUAAAUAGUUUGAUAAACGGGAUAGAAUGAAGAUUUGCUUUAAAUGGAAAAUGGGACACUUAGUAAUUGCAAAUAGUUAUUACUUCAAGUGUAAAUCAUAAAUCUAAACGCUCUUACAUGCUAUCUGAGAUAAAAAUUGGGAGUCAUUAUUGGCAGAGUAUAUAAAAUUAUCCCGAAUGUAAGUUUCCACUGCGUCUAAAAUCAAUUUAAAAAAUUCGCUGUACGAGACACUUCGUUCGAAAUACAAUUCUCUAAUGCAAUGAAAAUCUAAUUGGAGCUUCUGAUACUUAAUUUUAGUUAGCAAAUUUAUAAGUAUGUAAUAUAGUAAAUAAGUUAUAUAUAAUUUCUUAUUGGGUUGUAUUCCCUAUGUCGGGCAAAUGUGUAAUUCUAUUAACAAGUGAAAAAAUAUUGUAGAAUUAUUGUGACUACAAUUUUCUUUAAUUAUUUUUUUAAUCUAUGUAUAUAUUUAAUUAUUUUAUGUAGAUAUCACUUAACUGUGUUCACAUAAAAACCUUUAUGUUAGUUUACUUAAUAUUAUUAAGUAAUACUUAAGUAUUAAUGUAGGAAAUCAAAGACAAAUUAAUGUUUUAGUAAAAAUACCACAUCAAUGUAUCGUGAUGAUAAUUAAGUUAGUAAAAAAAUAUUUUUUUAUAAUAUUUUUGUACUUUUAUACAUUUUAAAUAAAUAAUACAUAUAGUUUCUAGUUUUAAGUUAAGCGCGCAUUAAAAGUUACCUAUUUUGUGAUGUAUGUAGUUUAUUAAGAUUUUAAUUUUGUUAUUGAUUACACAUUAUAUUAUAUUUUUCUAUAUUUUUUUCACUGUUCAGCGUUAGUAACUGCUAAUAUUUACUUCUUGGAGUAGCUUUCUGUCCAUGGUUUUAUAAUUUGCAAGAAAAUUUAUUUUCUUCCUUAUUUUUGCUUUUUAUUGAAUACUUUGCACAUCUGAAAAUUCAUGGUAAUUACUAAUAAUACUGUGUAAUUUUUAUCAUAUUUUUAUUUUAAUGAUUGUCUAUAACAUUUUCUUUUUCCUUUGUAAUAUAGUUUGUUGAAAUAAUUAAACAAAAUACCAAUGUUUGUUGUUAAUUAAUAUAUUAGUAAUAAGAUUUCAAAACCGUGAAUUCUUCCAAUUAGUUGCCACAGGAUAAUGUGCAAUGUUUUUCUUUGUUUUUUCCGCAAUACUUUUGAAUAGAAAAUUUGGAUUAUUUAUAAUAAUUUGUUAACUGUAAGAAUGAAAAAAUGUAAGUGUUUCUUAUGUAGGUAAGAAAUGAAUUCUGAUAAUUCUAAUGUAUUUUUUAUCCUGGAGUUUAGAUAAAAUAUGUAUAGUUUGGGCUCGUACAGUAUUUUUAAGAAAGUAGAACUAGUCAAA